AUAACUUCCUGAAAUAGUGAUGCUUUUGGAACACGAAGUGUAUUUGUUGAACAACAACCUAACAGCAGGCACACAUAGUUACUGAGUUUAUGUUCCGUGAACCUGAUGUCUGAAGCUCCAUGUCAUCUUUAGCAGACACUCACAAAUCAGAGAUGAGAGAGUUGAUCACUUCUUUACGGAGCAUCCAGUUGGCGGGAAAAUCUGCAAUCACCCUUGAGAAGACAGAGCCAGAUUAUGUUCUGGACAUCGAUGCCCAAACCAGCUCAUUGUCCAGUAAUCCUUUAGUAGCAGCAACAAGUUCAAAUUUUACAAUCCGUCUUUUUUCCAAGGAAACCCUGAUGUCAGCAGGUGUUAUUUCAGGUCAUACAGAUGUAAUCUCUGGAGUCCGUUUUUGUCAACAGGAUAAAAAUCUGCUCUUCUCCAGCUCACAGGACAGCGUGAGAUGCUGGGAUCUUAGAGCACCAACUAAAGCUGUCCAGACAUUUCAAGGGUUUGAAGGUGUGAGCAGUAUCACAAGCUUUGACCUGAGUUGUGAUGGGCGUGUCCUGUGUGCGGGGUCAGAGGUCAAUAAGGAUGGGAUGGACAGGCGUCAUGGCGACCUACUAGGCUGUUACUCUGAGUGUCAUCAGGACGACAUCACACAGGUGGAAUUCCACCCAACACAGGCUGACAGUCUUCUCAGUGGCUCUACAGAUGGGCUAGUGUGCGUGUAUGACAUCUCGCAGAGCUCGGAGGAAGAGGCCUUGCUAAGCACACUGAAUUCCUGUUCCUCUGUUCAAAAAACAGGAUGGUGUGGCUCAGACAAGCAGAAUGUGUACUGUGUUACCCACAUUGACACCUUCCAUGUUUGGAAUGCUUUUGAGGGCGAUAACUUGAUCAAAUUAACAGACAUCAAGGAACGAACCAAGUGUGGUUGUGACAUGCUCAGCACUCUAGUGUUGGGACCCUAG